AUGCUCACGGUGCUGAAGGAUCUUUUUAUGAUUCAAGUGAAGCCGCACAUAUUCUUUCUCACGUUCGUGUAUGUGCUGUUCCUGGUCUGCUGGGUAAUUGGCAUUGUGUCGACGUGGUCGCUUCUGGUGUUACCACCGCCCUAUCUGCUCACUCCACCGCCCUAUCUGCUCACUCCGACCGAAUUCGCCCUGAGCUACUUAGCACCAAUGAUAGGAGCCUUCGUCGGCGAGGUCUGGGGCCACUACUUCAAUGACUUCGUUGCCAAUUGGUACAUUCGAACACAUAAUGGCUUCUGGGUUUCCGAAGUACGACUUUGGGGCACAUAUAUGCCGACUCUUGUCGGCUUCGCCGGCAAUGGUCGCAUCAGUCAACUAACCAUGUUUAUGGUUGACUAG